GCUCGAAAAAAAAAUUAUAUAAAAGACCUCCAAACCCGAUGCCGGCUAGAAAGGGGUUACUUGCACCCCAAAAUACAUUUUUGGAUACAAUUGCAACACGAUUCGAUGGGACACAUUCAAAUUUCGUUCUCGGAAAUGCACAAGCAAAUGGCAAUCCAAUUGUAUAUUGUUCGGAUGGCUUUGUUGAUUUGACAGGAUACUCUCGUGCCCAAAUUAUGCAAAAAGGAUGUUCUUGCCAUUUUCUUUAUGGGCCGGAAACAAAAGAUGAACACAAACAACAAAUUGAAAAAAGUCUAAUGAAUAAAACUGAACUGAAAUUAGAAGUCAUAUUUUACAAAAAAGAUGGAUCUCCAUUUUGGUGUCUUUUUGAUAUUGUUCCAAUUAAGAAUGAAAAACGGGAGGUUGUAUUGUUUUUGGCGUCACAUAAGGACAUCACCCAUACAAAAAUGCUGGAAAUGAAUUCUAAUGAGGAGUGUGAUAGCGUUUUUGCCCUUACAGCUGCUCUUUUGGGCGCACGUUUUCGUGCCGGCUCAAACGCUGGUAUGCUUGGUUUAGGAGGACUUCCAGGUUUAAGUGGCGAAAUUGGUGGAUCUACAAUGGAUGGCGACGAAGAAGGAAGUGAUUGUAACAAUUUAAAUGUUCCAGCAGGCUGUAAUAUGGGUAGAAGACGAAGCAGGGCAGUGCUUUACCAACUUUCUGGGCACUACAAACCAGAAAAAGGAGUAAAAACAAAACUGAAAAUUGGAAAUAAUUUGCUACAUUCAACAGAAGCACCUUUCCCCGAAUACAAAACUCAAGCAUUAAAGAAGUCUCGGUUUAUUCUUCCACAUUAUGGCGUCUUUAAGGGAUUCUGGGAUUGGAUAAUAUUGGUAUCAACAUUUUAUGUGGCCAUUUUGGUACCGUACAAUGCAGCUUUUGCGAAGGCUGACCGUCAAACAAUGGUGUCUGAUGUUAUAGUAGAGGCGCUCUUCAUUGUGGAUAUAUUGCUUAAUUUUAGAACAACUUUUGUUUCAACCAAAGGUGAAGUUGUUUCCGAUUCUAAAAUGAUAGCUAUUAAUUAUCUAAAAGGAUGGUUUGUGGUGGAUUUAUUAGCUGCUUUGCCAUUUGAUCAUUUGUAUGCUUCGAAUUUAUAUAAUGGAGAAGAAUCACAUAUACAUCUCGUAAAAUUAACUCGUUUGUUGCGGCUAUUGCGCUUAUUGCAAAAAAUGGACAGAUAUUCACAAUAUACAGCAAUGAUUUUAACAUUGUUGAUGCUGUUAUUUUCACUAGUGGCACAUUGGUUGGCAUGUAUCUGGUAUGUCGUCGCAGAAAAAGAAAACAUGCUUAAUGAAAACGGAUGGGAUAUUGGUUGGAUGCAUGCAUUAGCUGAGAGAUUAAAAAUACCAGUUUCAAAUAUUACAAAUGCUGAAGCAUACUCUACAGCUCUGUAUUUUACUUUUACCAGUUUAACUUCCGUCGGAUUUGGAAAUGUGUCCGCAAAUACAACAGCAGAAAAGGUGUUUUCAAUUGUAAUGAUGCUGAUUGGAGCACUAAUGCAUGCUGUGGUGUUUGGAAACGUCACUGCAAUUAUUCAACGAAUGUAUUCGAGGCGUUCGUUGUAUGAGAGUAAAUGGCGGGAUCUAAAAGACUUUAUAGCUUUACAUCAGAUGCCGAAAGAACUGAAACAAAGGAUUGAAGACUAUUUUCAAACCUCAUGGUCUCUUAAUCACGGAAUAGACAUAUACGAGACAUUACGAGAAUUUCCUGAAGAACUGAGAGGAGACGUUUCAAUGCAUUUGCAUAGAGAAAUUCUUCAAUUGCCUAUUUUUGAGGGUGCAUCUCAAGGUUGUCUUAAACUGCUUUCUCUACAUAUAAAAACUAAUUUUUGUGCUCCCGGAGAAUAUCUUAUACAUAAGGGUGAUGCUCUCAACUAUAUAUAUUAUUUAUGCAACGGUUCCAUGGAAGUUAUAAAAGACGAAAUGGUAGUUGCAAUUCUUGGUAAAGGCGAUCUAGUUGGAUCUGACAUCAAUGUACAUCUUGUAACAACUUCAAAUGGCCAAAUGACAGCAACAACAAAUAUGGCAGGGCAAGAUGUCGUUGUAAGAUGUAGUAGUGACAUCAAGGCUCUUACCUAUUGUGCCUUAAAAUGUGUGCAUAUGGGUGGUCUCGUAGAAGUUCUGCGUUUAUAUCCUGAAUAUCAACAACAAUUCGCUAAUGAUAUUCAACAUGACCUGACAUUUAAUUUACGAGAGGGUUAUGAAUGCCAUGAUUCUGAUAUUGGACCAACUUUUCCCCUUCCGAGCAUUAGUGAAGAUGAUGAAAAUCAACAUGAUACCGAAGGUAAUGAAGAUAUUGAAAAUGAAACAGCAACAGGCACAACAGUUUCACCACAUCAUAGCAUUACAACACCAUCGCCAUUGCACGGUCGAUCUCCACUCUUGGGAUUAAAUAGCCCGCGUAUAAAGAAAAUCAAUGCUAGAGGACGGUCUCUUAUGACACUUCGCGAGCGUGUUGAAAGACAGCGCUCCAUAAAUAUGAUGUCGAGUGUGGACACGACGUCGUUAGAAGAAGAUAUAAAUAGUGAUGCUUUAGAUACUACUGACAAGAACCAAUAUAAAAGACAUUCCCUUGAACGAUUAGACUCACAAGUAACAACGUUACACCAGGAUAUGACACAAUUAAGUCUCGAGGUUCGAAAUGCAUUACAAGCAUUACAAGAAAUUACUGUUUCAAAUAUGGCUUCGCAAGCAAGUCUUAAGUUUUUACCUGCUCGUUCAAUUCCAAACAUAAGUGAAAAUACUGCAAUUGGAGCCAAUUUUUCAUCAAUUAAUAGCGACGAGUCCACUCUUCAACGUUGUUCCUCCCAUCCUCCCGAAAUUUGGGGUCGUGAAAUGCAUUCCGUUCCAUCCGAAGUGCAAGGCACAGCAUUAGAAGUAUCCAACUCAUCCCAGAUUACAUCAAAAUCUUCAUCUCCAAUAGUGUUAAAAGAAAAACAAAAAAAUUCUCGAGGAUGUCAAACUGAAUUUCAUAAAGUUGACUUUUGUAUGUUUGAGCAAUUUGUAGUUUCUAAUCCACGACUUGUGCUUGGAUGGCUUGGAAUUAAUACAAAUGUUCUUUCUGAGUUGGAAGUAAUUCAACAACAAGUUUCGCAAUUAUCUUCAUUAAAUACUAUACAGGAAGUAAUUUCCCCAGAACCUUUAUCUACCACCAAUAAUCUAUGUUGGGAAACAGAUACUAUGACCCAUGGUCAAUCAACAGAUGCAUUACUGCAGAUUGAAGAACCUAUUACAAACACAACAACCUGCAUCCCAUCAGAAGAAAACACCUUGAAACGCCAAAAGCAUUAUAGUUCUUUUAAAUCAAUACAUAUCAGCAAGAGCAAUUCCAGUCUUUCUAGUACAAGCAGUCCUAGCAGCAGUCCUUCUUUUUUAAGGUCAAAGACGGAUACUAAUGACAAAUUUCAUAUUCAGAGGGAUAAUAUUGUUAAACGGCAGUCAUGGAAGCUACAGCGUUCAAAAAGUGGCGAUUACAAAAUAUUAAAUGAGUAUAUUGCGGAUAUCUCUGAUGCGACAAUAGAACCAGGGAAACAAAACACGAUUCAUUCACUUUUAAGUGAUACUUCACAAAGCUUCAAAUCAUCAUCAGCAAUAGCACCAUCGCUUCAUAGAUUUUCGGCUGGUGAUGCCGAUAAUUUGGAAAAAGGAAUGUGCAAUUUUAAAUCCACAUUUUCUCUACGGGAUAACCUAAUACAUUAAGCAAACGACUAGAUUUUGAGAACGUGUUUUCUUAUAGAUUUAUUGUGUUUAAAAUUCUUUACAAAAAAUAUUUUAUAUUUGCUAAAUGAUUGGAAUAACUUAAAAUUCGGGUUAAAAAAUUGAGUAAUACAAAAUAUGGAUUAUUCUAAAGUCAAUCAUAUACAGUGAGUGUCAGUUGAGCCAAACAUCCCCUAGGAUUAAAGACAUAUCCAAUAAUAUAAAAAUAUUUUUUUACGAUACUACUAAAAUUAUAUAAUCAGUCAUAGAAACUACAGCGCUCAUAACGUGGCAAUUGUAAAAUACUAGCUAACCCAGUGUGCAACCUAAAAACAAUAUAAAUAAUUUUGUUUUCAUAUUUCAUUUUAAUGGGAAAAUCACUCCCAUUUUCUGCAGGCCAAUUCCAUGAAAUGGUAAGCAUUUGCAUUUUUGAAGAUUAUUCAACAAUAUUGUAUGUAUAAUUGUUGCAUUAAUGAUGAAUGCUGAAAAAUUCUUAUUAUUUGACAUUAUUUUUAUUUGUUUCGUAUUAAUAAUCAUUUCUCCCAUUUUGAUAAUUAAAAAUAGGAAUCUUUGAAUUACUGUUUUCAGAAAACUAUAAAUAUACAGACGGACGCACAACUUUUAACUGAAGAAGGUUGUGUUGUCACUCUUUUUUGCUUUUGUUAUUUUCUUCCAAUAUAAUUUAUAUAAAUUAUAAAUAGAUACUAUGUAUGGUAUAAGGUAGAGAUUUAUUAAAAAACGUGAAGUAUUUCUCCCUGUAGAAACUAGGCCCAUAGUUUGGAGUUUUUAAAACGAUAAUGGCCCUAAAAACCAACUUUCGAGUUUCAAUCGAGUGGCUAGACUCGAAAAUUAUACCUGUAUUAAAGUGACCUGCCUAUUCACCAUGUAUCAACCUUGGAGAAAAUUUAUUGAAAACAGUAGUUCCAAGACAUGGAAUCAAAAAUUUUUCUUUCAGGCCUAAUUGGAAGGACGAUUUUAGGGUGCGCUUAUAAAGAAAUAGCUAAAUUUUUUAAAUGAAUUUUAUUAUCCAAUUAUUGUUUUAAUCCAUCUCCGAUGUCUUGCAGUAAUACAAAGUAAAAUAUACAGAACUAUAUAUACUUAAUAAAGGAUGUAUACAAAUAAAAUGCUUAAAAAAAUAAAAUUUUCUAUUAAAGUUUUGGGUUUGUGAAAAUUUAGAAAAAGUUUCCAUUGUUUUGUCACACACUGUAUAUUAUUAAAAAAAAUAAUAGAAACAACAUUUAAGAAUCAUAAAUAUGGCAAUACUAACAAAAAAUGUCGCGCGCCUUUUGAGUCUCCAUCUAAACGUUCAUUAUUUUACAAAGGGCAUUUAAAAAAGAAUGGAGAAAUAAUCCUGCGACAUUUCCCCUCAGCUAAAAGUGGUUCUACAUUUUUCAAUUUUAAUUUUUUAACAAAAAAUUUUAAAUGUUUAUGAAUUUUAAAGUAUUUUCAGAAAAUUUGAAACUCUUUACAUUCUUAAUAGUUUAAAUUUUUGCAUGUCGGUUCAAAGCUUUACUUUUUCCAUGCGAAAUUAAUUACGACCAAAUAAUUAAACACUUUGAAGCCUAAAAUGGAUCAAAGGCAUAAAUAUGUAUACUAGAACAAAUACAGGCAAAUGCCGGUAUAACUAAUGUGUAAUGUUUCGAUUCGUUAAAUAAUAAAAAUUCGUUAUAUCAGAAUUAUCUUUUCUGGUAAAUUUCCUUAUUUAAUGGACAAAACCCCAUUAAUAUUAAUGUAUGAAAUUAUUUUUUAUUAUAUUUUAUCUCAAAUAACUAAGCAUAACGCACACGUUUUUCCAUUUUGAACA